CGUCACGGUGGCACGUUUUUAUUCGUUUCCGGUGUUAGCUGUCUUUUUUUAAAAACAAAACAAAAACGAGCAAGAAUAUGCGCUCACUCGUCGGACUUCUAGCUGUGGUUAUAACUGCCACUUUAUACCUUUAUUUGUUGUCUCUGUAUUUGCCUCCAGCACCGCCCAGACCUGCACGGACGCCGACCGAACAUGUCGAGUCCAAAGUGGCCGCUGGGAGGACCGAGGAGACCAGCAGGUUGAAAUUCCCAUCUGACUUGGAGGAGCUACGAGAGCUGGCUGAGCUUCUUCAGUUUUACAAAACGGAACACACGGGAUACGUGCUCUUACUCUUCUGCAGCGCUUACCUUUACAAGCAGUCCUUCGCUAUCCCUGGAUCCACUUUCCUGAACAUCUUAGCAGGGGCCAUAUUUGGCCUGCACGAGGGUCUGCUGCUGGCCUGUGUGCUCACCACUGUGGGUUCCACCACAUGCUAUCUUCUAUCUCAAGCCUUUGGGAAACACUACAUUGUGAACAUCUUCCCCGAUAAAGUCUCCAUGCUCCAGAGGAAGGUGGAGGACAACAAGGACUGUUUGUUCUUCUUCCUGCUCUUCUUGAGGUUCUUUCCCAUGACCCCCAACUGGUUCCUGAAUAUGUCGGCUCCCAUUGUCAACAUCCCGGUGACAUACUUCUUCUGCUCCGUCUUCAUCGGCCUGCUUCCCUACAACUUCAUCUGCGUCCAGACGGGAGUGGUGCUGUCGGAGGUGUCGUCACUGGACGACUUGUUCUCCUGGGAACGCCUCAUCCAGCUGCUGGCCAUGGCCUGCAUGGCCCUGCUGCCGAGCGCCCUCAUCCGCCGGUACAGCCAGCGCCGCCUCAAGGCGGAGGAACAGAACGGAAAGAAGGUGCAAUGAUUAGCCUCUCUAAACGCCAGACCGACUUGGUGGAUUGCUUGGAUUCGGACUACCGCAGCCACCCGAUCUUAGAGGGACGGUGACGUACGGCGGGUGUGUGGAGGAGCAAUUUUACACUGUUUUAAACUUCUACCUCAUGUGAGUCGACCACCGUUUGAGGCAAAAAUAGAGUUAAAUAUUUGUAACCAAAAGCAUUUUAUACGUGACUUGAAAGUGACAUCCUUAUUAAAGAUAUGAUACAGGCGAUUACAAUCAAAAAUAUCUGCAUUUAAUAAGAAGGUGAAAGCCAACCUGCUGUAGUUGUAAUGCAUCUGGGAAUUUUUCACAAGCACUUGGUUUGCACUUAUUUUUUUACUGUCGUAUUAUUUUUAAUUCAAUUAUUCCUAAUGUAUGUAACAACGCGGAUUGUGCUGAGGAAUAGAUGAGUACCGUAUUUUUCGGAUUAUAAAUCGCUCCGGAGUAUACGUCGCACCGGCCGAAAAUGCAUAAUAAAGAAGGAAAAAAACAUAUAUAUAAGUCGCAUUUUUGGGGGAAAUGUAUUUGAUAAAGCCCGACACCAAUAAAAGACAUUUGAAAGGCAAUUCAAAAUAUAUAAAGAAUAGUGAACAACA